ACUGUCUGAGAGACGAAGACAGACGCCGCCUCUGAAGUUCAAUCAUGAACGUCCUCGUGGUUCUCGCACUCGCCCUCUUCUCCGUUUGCAAUGCCGACGUGCAGAGCCAGGGGGCGCCCAAGAUCAACCUGGAGCAGGGGAAAGGCUUUUUCUGGGACCGAAUUGGCGAAGCUGUGCUCACUGCUGCGACCUGGGAGAAGGAGUUCAGACAGUCUGAGCUGGGGCAGGACGUCAACGCCAGGAUCACUCAGAGCACCGACUCAGUGAAGCAGUACUUCACUGCUCUGCUUUCUGAGGACGUGAUGACCCAGCUCACCCAGGAGGCCGAGCAGCUGCAGGUCUGCCUGAAGGAAGGUUUGACCUCGCUGGGAUCCAGCCUGCAGCCUGUCGCCGAGGACCUGGCGGCCAAACUCCAGACACAGGUGGAAGCCCUGAUCCCCGUCACCCAGAGCCUCCAGAAGCAGCUGACCCAGAAGACCCAGGAGAUCCGGGAGAGCCUGAUCCCGUACGGGGACAGGGUGAAGGACAGGAUGUACGACGGCUUCCACUUUCCACGUGUCACUGUUUCUAAAGCCUCCACACACCAACUGUUUCUCCCCAGUCUGCUCAUUGUAUAUCUCAUUAAAUAAGAGAGAUUUCAUGAAUGUUGAUGAAAAAAACACCAGUUAUGUUUGAAGGACUGAUAUUCUAGGGCAGAUCUAAAUAGAAAUCUGAAUGUAAUGAAUUUAAAUGUGGCUUCAUAAGCGGAAUGUUUGAUAUUCAAGUUGCUGUAUUGACUUGUUAAACGGCUUGAUUCUCUCACACUGUUGUGUAACAUGAAAUUGUACUAUUUUCUAAUAAAGUUCUCUGGUGUUGUGUAACUC